AUGCCCUUUCUUUCAAGGUGUGUGGAAGCCCACAGAGCACAAGCCCAAGAGUUGGCCACUGCCGCCCUGGCACGGGAGGCGGCUUUGGCAGGCCGGGCAUAUCCAUCUUCAUCUGAUGUCAGGAAGCGUGGGGUGGCGCGUUCUCUCCCCGGGACGCGACGCUUUGCUGUGUGCUUUCGGCAGUCCGAGGUGGGCCUCAGGCCCAGGUGGCUGUGGCGCAGAUCUGGAGUGCUCCCUGUUCCACCACGCUGUCCUGGGGGUCCCCCAGGCGUCCCCACUCGGCGCUCAAAGCCUGGGAGGGUGGAGGUGGGAGCCACAGGGCGCAGGCGCAGCGCGGCACCGGCGCAGGCGGGGAGGACCACCAGGCCCAGGAGGCCGGGUGGGAGACUGAGGCCACGGGCCAGGCCCGGGACGGGGGGCCUCUCUGUGGCCAGGUGCAGCCCCCCAGGUGGACCUCGUCAAGCUGUGCAAGGUGAGGCUGAGUGGACGCAGGUGGGAGAGGCCCUGCGGGGACGCGCUCUGCAGACCCUCGGAGCAGCCUGGGGGACUCAGGCCCUCGGGUCCCGCCGCAUCGCUGGGCAGGGAGAGGAGCUGGGCCAGAAGCUGCCCAGCCGGACUCAGAUUUGGCCUAAACAGGCUGUCUCGCUUCACGGUCACACACUAUAUGCCAAAAACACAGCGAAUAAAUAAGAAAAUGCAAAAUCUCUCAGAAAAGCUGAAGAUGUCAAGCCAGGAGAUGUUGUGGUGUGUGGCAUGCAUCAUGCGGGAGUAUCACUACGGUGUGUGUCCUAAUUUCAAAGGGUGGCUGAUUUUCUUUACAUAGACGACAGUGUCCCUUACAUUCUUACAGGCCUUGCG